CAGUUUUGGAACGGAAGGGGUCGCAACGUUCUAGGAGCGCAUGCGCUUUGGUGGCACCUCUCCAGCCGCCCCUCCCCUUCCCUUGCGUACGCAACGCACACACAGGCCGCACGCGUGGGCUUUGUCGCAGGCCAGGGAGAGCGAGCUGGGGGAUCAACAUGCCUAAGGUCAAGCGGCGGAGGGGCACGGGGGGCGCAGGGGAGGCGGCCAGGAACGUGUCCCUGGCCGAGCAGAUCAUAGACGGGGACUCGGUGAAGCCCACCACGCGGGUGAAGCGGCGAGGCAGAGGCGGGCAGCAUGGCGGUGGGGAACAGGAGGACCAGUACGUGGAUGAGAAGCUGUCCCGGAGGAUCCUGGAGCAGGCUCGGAUCCAGCAGGAGGAGCUGGAGGCUGAGCACUGCCCUGGCAAAGGAACCGAACCGAAGAAGGAGAAGACCACGGUGCUGGGGUCUGGAUCACAGGAUGUGGAUUCUGAUGCAGAGGAUGAUGAGUGGCCCACACUGGAGAAGGCUGCUGCAUCCAUGGGAAAGGGGGAGUACUGCGAGGAGGUGACGGUGGACCCUGAGGAUGAGAGAGCCAUUGAAAUGUUCAUGAACAAGAAUCCGCCGCUAAGGCUCACGCUAGCCGAUAUCAUCAUGGAGAAGAUCACGGAGAAGCAGACAGAGGUGGAGACAAUGAUGUCGGAAAUAUCGGGCCACCCCAUGCCUCAGCUGGACCCCCGCGUACUGGAGGUCUACAAGGGUGUCCGAGAAGUGCUAUCCAAAUACAGGAGUGGCAAACUCCCCAAAGCAUUUAAAAUCAUCCCAGCACUGUCAAACUGGGAGCAGAUCCUUUACAUCACAGAGCCAGAAACAUGGACUGCAGCUGCUAUGUAUCAAGCAACCAGGAUCUUUUCCUCCAACCUGAAGGAGAGGAUGGCCCAGCGCUUCUAUAACUUAGUGCUGCUCCCACGAGUGAGGGAUGACAUCGCCGAGUACAAGCGCCUCAAUUUCCACCUCUACAUGGCUUUGAAGAAGGCUUUGUUCAAGCCAGGAGCCUGGUUCAAAGGGAUCCUGAUCCCCCUGUGUGAGUCGGGGACCUGCACGCUACGGGAAGCCAUCAUCAUAGGGAGCAUUCUUGCUAAGUGCUCGAUCCCCGUCCUUCACUCCAGUGCUGCCAAGCUGAAGCUCGCCGAGAUGGAAUACAGCGGCGCCAACAGCAUCUUCCUGCGCCUGCUCAUCGACAAGAAAUACGCCCUGCCCUUCCGCGUGGUAGACGCCCUGGUCUUCCACUUCCUGGCCUUCCAGACGGACCGGCGCACCUUGCCCGUGCUGUGGCACCAGUGCCUCCUGACCUUGGUCCAGCGCUACAAGGAGGACCUCUCCUCGGAGCAGAAGGAAUCCCUGUUGGAGCUGCUCAAGUUCCACUGCCACCCGCAGAUCUCGGCCGAGAUCAGGAGGGAGCUGGUGAACUCCAAGUCUCGGGACGUGGAAGGGCUGCAGCCGGUGGCGAUGGAGUGAGGCUGGGGGAGAGAGGUGGGGACUGCAGGGAGCUGGGGACUCUUUCUGGCAGGGAGAAGCUGCAGCCCAGCAUUUGCCUUAUGGCUCAUGGCUUGCUGGGGACGCUGUCCCAUGGCUGCCUUCUUCACGGGAAGAGGAAGAGGGGCUCAGCUGGCGAGCUAGAUCCUUGGCUGGACCAAGCGAGUGUGUGUCCGUCACUGAGAUCCCCCCAUGACUCCUUCCCCGUAGCCCAGGGGGCGGAAGCAGGCCGUGCUCUUCACCUGGCCCUUCCCUGGGAGUUAACCUCUGCAGUGGUGGAAGCUGCCUCAGAUCAGAAGAUGUGCUUACUGGCCUGAGACCAACAGGUGUCUGUGGGAGGGUGAAAGAGCUCUGGGCUGCUCCUGUGUCUGAGAAUAAAACCUUUCCCCGGGACAUACAGAGCGUGCUCUAGUGUCUGAUGCAAUUGGAAAGAUUCAGUUGCAGCCACUUUAAAGGGACAGUCGGGUGGCAGGGAGCCAGCUCCUUCCUCCUCCUGGAAGAGGUGGUGCAUUCGGGGGCAGUCACUGAGGGCACGUGGGAUCUGUUCCAGUCCCUGCUCCGCCAGCACCGCUGUUCCCUUGAUGCACGCUGAAGAACUCUUCCCUUCCUCUCAAUACACAGAGCCUGCCUUCCGUCUUCUGUAACUUGUCCCUCGUUUCACUGAGGAUAAAUUUGAAAGGCAGCCCCGGGUUCCCUGCACAGCAGGGAACGAGAUUGCGCUCUCCCGCAUACAUCUUGGUUGUUGGCAGGCGAUGCCCUGGGGAAGGAUUGGUGUCUGGGUUGGCAGCUGCAGACGUUUCCGUUCG